UUUACUUACAAAUUUUUUUUUAUAUCGACAAUGACUUUCGAUAAUUCCGAAGAGCAGUUACAAUUAGACGAACAAGACCUUUCAAUUUUUGAGGAACCUGAAGGAUAUCUACCACCUCAACCAAAACCAACUUUUCAAACGUUUUCCCGCAAAGACGAACAUUUAUUGCAGUCUGAUAAUUUUAAGACUUUAAAUAUAAGAUUAGUUGGAUCACAUCCAUUAUGGGCACAUUUAUUAUGGAACGCAGGCAAAUGUUUUGCAUGGUAUUUAGACGAACAUAAAGAAUUAGUAAAAGGAAAGAAAGUUUUGGAACUCGGUGCAGGUGGAGCAUUACCUUCAUUAAUAGCAGCCGUAAAUGGAGCAGAAAAGGUUGUUAUUACGGAUUACCCGGACGAUGAUUUAAUAGAUAAUAUUCGACAUAACGUAAAUACGAAUUUGAGCACAGAUAUUUGUACGGAUAAUAUAAGAGUUUUGGGGUAUAUAUGGGGCAAAGAUACAUAUCCUUUACUAAACGCGAUUUCAAAAUCGGAAAAAACAUCCAAUUUAUAUGAUCUUAUAAUAUUAUCUGAUCUAAUAUUUAAUCAUUCUCAACACAAAGCACUUUUAAAAACAUGUAAAGAAUGUCUUGAUCCUAUUAAUGGACAAAUAUUGGUUUUUUUUACUCAUAACCUACCAGAUCUAGCACAUAAGGACAUGGAAUUUUUCGAAGAAGCAAAAAAUUUACAGUGGAAAGUUGAGAAAAUUUUUAAAGAAAUCAUGAGUCCAAUGUUUAAAGAGGAUCAUGGAUGCGAAACCGUGAGAUCCACCGUUUACGGAUAUAAAAUAACCAUUAACUAGCGAGAAUAUAUCUUAUAUUGUACAAAAAAUGUAAAACAAUUUUAAAUUAAUGAUAUUGUAGUAAAAGAAUGUUUCAGGUUUAGGCUUAUCCAGAAGUUUUUUGAGAAUUUCCCUCGAGAUUUUUUUUGUACAGACCUCGGCGAAAAUAAUGGCGCGUCAAAGUAUGAUUCAAAAUAACCUGAUACUGAAUUUUUCUAUUUUCUCGUUAUGAUAUCCUGCUGGUGAUCUGUGUAACGAGAUCGCACGUGAUAAACCGAAAAUAAAAUUAAACCUGUACGUUAAAGCUAACUAUUUUUCAAAAGCAUAGGAUUUAAUAAUUUAUAUUUUAUCUCUUUAACAC